GCGGCGCGGCCGCCGCGGCCCCAUGGAGCUCGAGAAUAUCGUGGCUAAUACGGUGCUGCUCAAGGCCCGGGAAGGUGGCGGAGGGAACAGGAAAGGCAAGAGCAAGAAAUGGCGGCAGAUGCUGCAGUUCCCGCACAUCAGCCUCUGUGAGGAUCUGCGGCCCACCGUGGAGCGCGAUUACCACAGCCUGUGUGAGAGGCAACCCAUUGGGCGGCUGCUGUUCCGGCAGUUUUGCGAGACGCGACCCGAGCUGUUCCGUUGCGUCUGCUUCCUGGAUCAGGUGGCCGAGUACGAGGUGACCCCCGAUGAGAAGCGAAAGGAGUGUGGGCGGUGCCUGAUGCAGAACUAUCUGAACCCCAAGUGUACAGACAACAUCCUCCAAGUCCCCGCCCAGCUGAUGAACACGUGUGCUGAGCGACUGGAACAGAAUCCCUGCAAGGAGCUCUUCAAGGAGUUCACCAGGAUGACCCAUGAUUAUCUGAGCGUCGCUCCCUUCGCUGAUUACCUCGACAGCAUCUACUUCAGCCGUUUCCUGCAGUGGAAGUGGAUGGAGAGGCAACCGGUGACCAAAAACACGUUUCGUCAGUACCGUGUGCUCGGGAAGGGCGGCUUUGGUGAGGUCUGCGCGUGCCAGGUGCGAGCCACAGGGAAGAUGUACGCCUGCAAGAAGCUGGAGAAGAAAAGGAUUAAGAAGCGCAAAGGCGAGGCCAUGGCCCUGAACGAGAAGCAGAUCCUGGAGAGAGUGAACAGUAGGUUUGUAGUGAGCCUGGCCUACGCCUACGAGACCAAAGACGCCCUGUGCCUGGUGCUGACGCUCAUGAACGGGGGCGACCUCAAGUUCCACAUCUACCACAUGGGGGAGGCCGGCUUCCAGGAGGAGCGUGCCGUGUUCUACGCGGCCGAGAUCUGCUGCGGCCUGGAAGAUCUGCACAGGGAGCACAUCGUGUACAGGGACUUGAAGCCGGAGAACAUCUUGCUGGAUGACCAUGGUCACAUCCGGAUCUCAGACCUGGGGUUGGCGGUGCACGUGCCCGAGGGCCAGACCAUCAAAGGGCGCGUGGGCACCGUGGGCUACAUGGCCCCCGAGGUGGUGAAGAAUGAGCGGUACACCUUCAGCCCGGACUGGUGGGCCCUGGGCUGCCUUCUGUACGAGAUGAUCGAGGGUCAGUCGCCCUUCCAGCAGCGCAAGAAGAAAAUCAAGCGGGAGGAGGUGGAGCGGCUAGUGAAGGAGGUCCAGGAGGAGUACUCGGACAAGUUCUCCGAAGGGGCCCGCUCCUUCUGCACUGCGCUCCUCUGCAAAGACCCCAAGGAACGGCUAGGGUGCCGGGGUGGGGGUGCCCAGGAGGUGAAGGAGCACCCCCUAUUCAGGCACCUCAACUUCAAACGCCUGGAAGCUGGCAUGUUGGAACCCCCGUUUAAGCCCGAUCCCCAGGCCAUUUACUGCAAGGACGUCCUGGACAUCGAGCAGUUCUCUACCGUCAAGGGAGUGGAGCUGGAGUCCACCGACAACGACUUCUACCAGAAAUUUGCCACAGGGAGCGUGUCCAUCCCCUGGCAGAACGAGAUGAUUGAGACGGAGUGCUUCAAAGAGCUAAACGUGUUCAGCCCGGAUGGGACGGUGCCCCCCGACCUGGACUGGAGGGGCCAGCCGUCGCCCCAGCCUAAGAAGGGGCUCCUCCAGCGCCUCUUCAGCAGACAGGACUGUUGUGGGAACUGCAGCGACAGCGAGGAGGAGCCUCCGACCCGGCUCUAGAUCCGGGGUCCCGCCCGCGCCCGAUGGAGCUCUGACCUGCCCCGCCGCGGCGUGCCUUUGUUUACAGUUUUGCACAUUUGUAUUUUAAAAUGUUGUCUGGAUGGAUGGAUGGAUGGAUGGAUGCCAACACCAGGGCGGGCGCUGGCUGCCCAGCCACCCUGGCUUGGGCGGGGCCAGGCCCCGUGCCCUCCCGUGCCCAUCCCGAUUGACGGGGGGAAGAGGGAGAGGGCCAACGACCCCCCUGCCCUGCCCGAGGUUGUUCUAAAUCUCCGGCCCAUUAGGUCAGCCUGCCUGCAGCCCCCUCCCCUUUAACCCAGCCCAGAUAGGGGUGGGGGCUUCCCCCCCCCCAUACAUUCCAGGGGGCCAGCCCCAGUCCCCGGCAGCCCCCCCGCGGU